AUGGCGGAAGCUGCAGCCAAAUCCGUGCUGGGUACAAUCAGUCGGGGACACCUCGAAUGCCCGAUUUGUUGCUGUCGUUUCACCGAUCCCAAGCUGCUGGACUGUCUGCACAGCUGCUGCCUGAACUGUCUAGACAAGCUCAUCAGCAGACAGCAACCCAAGGCAGACGAGAUUACUUGCCCAGUUUGCAGACGUGGAACUGCGGUACCGGACACUGGAUUGCAGGGUCUACCCAAUUGCUUUUUCCUGAGUUCCCUCGUCGAUGAAUUCAACAAGCAGGAGCGGCUGCUUGGAGAUGCGCCACCAGAUACUCUAACGUGUGAGGAAUGCGACGAAGGCUUAGAAGCCGUCACAAGAUGCCUAGACUGUGAUGGGAACAUCUGUCAGAAAUGUCUGUAUACCCAUCGGAAGAAGAAAUCCACUAAAAAACAUCGGACAAUCUACUUGGAUCGAAUCAGAUCACAGAUACCUCCAAUUGAGUUUCGGAUGAAAAAUUAUCCUCAAUGUAACAAGCACCCUAAACAGGAACUAUGUUUUUACUGCGAGACAUGCAAGACCUUCGCGUGUGCGAAAUGUGCUGCAUUGGAUCAUCGGACAGCGGAGCAUGAAUACACAGAAAUCGGGGCUGCCAUACGAUCGUAUCGUCAGGAUAUUGGCAAAAUUAUGCUAAGGUUCGAAAAGAGCAGAGAGGAAUUCAAAGUCACGAACGAUUCACUGACGCAUGUCAGGAACAGGUUGAGAAUCAAGGUGGCCCGGGCUUGUAAAGACAUUGCCACUAAAGAGGAAGAAGAGAUUGCAAAGAUCAAAAACAAAUCUCGCCGACUCAGAGACAAAGUAACAACAAUUGGAGCAGAACGAGAGAAGAAGUUCGAAGAAGUCCAGAAAAGCAACCGUGACAAGAUGGAGCGGGCCGAGGAAAUCGUAGCGACAGUCAACGACUUGAUGCGUCAAGCUGACGACUUCGAGCUUUUGGACCUCAAACCAAAGGUGAUGCACAACUUGGAGUUCCAGGAAAAACUUGAGUUGGUACAUGCACAGCAUGAUCUCUCAUUCAUCGGGGUCAAAUGCCAAGAUGUCGUGGCAGAUAUAGAACUCGGGGAUGUACUUCAGGAAGAAAAAUGGCAGCUUAAAGAAGAGUUUGGUAAGUUUGGGUCGGAAGAUGGAGAGUUUCAGUGUGCUGCAGGCGUCGCAUGUCUUAGCAAUGGUGACAUAGCCGUAACCGACACAAACAAACUGAAGUUGAUGAUUUUUAAUUUCACCGGAGAGUAUAGAACAAGUGUUGGUCCGGAGAAAUUGAAUGACCCUUGGAGACUAGCUGCGACCUCUGAUGACCUACUUCUGGUCACCGAUGAACGGUAUGUAAAAGUGUUUGACUCCAGUCUCGACUUCAUUCGCCAGUUCGUACCCUCACAGAAUGAGGAAGACGAUGAUUCAAUGAGUUGGCUUACUGAUAUCGCUUUGGACAAGAAGAAUCGGAUUGCAGUGACAGAUACACGGAGAAAGCUGAUAUCUGUCCACAAUCUGGAUGGAUCCUUGAUUACAAAUUUUCAAAAUGACAUGAUUGAUUACUACUUGGCCAUCGGGAUCCAGGAACGCUUGUUCUUCACAAACUACCAUGGGAGCAAGUUGAUUUGCACUACCUUUACGGGAGAUGAGGUGUUCAAUGUCAAGACUUCACUGGACUGGGAACCUGUGAAACCCUCUGGCGUGUGCUGCGAUGAUGCAGGUGACAUCUAUGUUUCCGUUCGGGAAGAUGGUGGAGGCGGUGAAGUGCACCAUUAUUCACCCGAGGGAGUCUUCAUUGGGCGGGUGGCUCGCGGACUUCACUCUCCCUGCAGCCUGACAUUCUCUCAAUGCGGAGACCUCGUGGUGGCAGAUGAGGUCUCAGUCAAGAUCUUCCAGCGGGUGUGAGCGAAAAACUCUCGUGUGAUUUAAUAACCAUCUGUCAAAACUAAACAUGUUGAGCUGACAUCGGAUUGCCGUAUGCAUGCAGUGUGUCAUUAGCGCUGACAAUUUGUGACGAUUCAGCAUCAUGGUCCUCACUUAACAUGCGAACGUUACAGACAUCGAGAGGCACAAUGGUAUUAUCGUUGCGUUUAGUUAUGGAAUCUGUAAAUAUCUGUUGAAAAUGUGCAGUCAGUAAUACCCAAAAAUUCUUUAGAAUAACAAUCAUAUU